AGUCACUGUGUUGGUAAAAGUGAAAAAAUAAUCGGAAUUUAUUAUAAAAAUAGGUACUCGAGCAGUUCAAUUAGUCAAUUAACUUCAAUCGCUUCGAUUUUAUUUUUCUGCUAGGUCUGUAAAUUAUUCAAACAACGAAUAUAAUGGCACCACUACGUUGGGGAAUCGCAUCAGCUGGACGUAUAUCAAAUGACUUUUGUGCUGCAUUGUCAGCUCUGCCAGCUGAAAACCACAAAAUUGUAGCUGUGGCAGCUAGAAAUCUUGCAGAUGCUAAAAGCUUUGCUGAAAAGUUUGAAAUUCCAAAGUUUUAUGAAGGAUAUGAGAGUUUGGCUAAGGAUGAUGAGAUUGACAUCGUCUACAUCGGAACCAUCAACAGCAAUCAUCUAGAAAAUGGAAUCUUAAUGCUAAAUGGAGGCAAGCACAUUUUAUGUGAAAAACCAUUGACAUUAAACGAGAAGCAGUCAAAGAAGCUCUUAGAGCAUGCUAAGGAGAAGAACUUACUUUGUGUUGAAGCUAUUUGGUCAAGAUUCUUUCCAUCUUAUCAAUAUUUAAAGAAGAGAAUCGAUGACGGAGAUCUUGGUGAGAUUAAGGAAGUGGAUGUGUCAUUUGGAUUUAAUUUGCAGGAUAGCGAAAGAGUUGUCACCAAGAACCUCGGUGGUGGCACAAUCCUCGAUCUUGGUGUCUACACAAUUCAAGUCUCACUUUUUGCCUUCCGUGCUGAUUCAACAUCAAUCAAAGCAACUGGAAAGCUCAAUGAUGAUGGUGUCGACAUUGAAACUCAAUUUGAGUUGUCAUUCCCAAAUGGAGGAACUGCAAAGAUCCGAACAAGUUCGUUGAAAGAACUGGAGAACAUCGCAACAAUCAAAGGAACUAAAGGAACCAUGAGGCUUCACUUAUUCUGGUGUCCAACACGCGUCACUGACAUCGACAGUGCCAUUAUUGAGUUUCCAUUGCCACAAAAUCGACUUGGCGAGUUUAAUUUCCACAACAGCGUUGGUUUAAGCUACGAAGCUGAAGCAAUACGGCAAUUAAUUAAUGCUGGGAAGGUUGAAAGUGACGCAAUUCCACAUAAGGAAAGUUUGGCAAUCGCUCGCAUUCAGGAUGAAGUCAGGAAGCAGAUUGGCGUGGUUUUUGAGCAAGAUUAAUUUAAGAUUUUGAAUAAAAGUUGCAAUUUUUGACUGAUCUUACUUAAUGUGUUGAUAAUAGUUUGUAAUAAAUGACGUAGUUUUGCUGUCUCAGGCUGAA